CUCCCAGCCGCGGGAACCCAGCGUCCAAGAGCUCCCUGAGCGCCUGCGCGGGGGGCCGCAGAGGGGCUGCCGAACCGCGGGGUAAUGAAGGCGCAUGCGUAACACGGCUUGACAGCGCGCGGAGGGAAAAAUCCGCGAGAGAGCGGCGGGGGAAGAUGGCGGUUCUAGGGCCGCGUUUGCAAUCUUUCUGAUUAGGCUAGACGCGUAACUGUUCGGGUCAUGGCGUCAAACUCAACUAAGUCUUUCCUGGCCGAUGCCGGCUAUGGAGAACAGGAACUGGAUGCUAACUCUGCCCUUAUGGAAUUAGACAAAGGUCUAAGAUCUGGCAAACUUGGUGAACAAUGUGAAGCAGUUGUUCGCUUUCCCAGACUUUUUCAGAAGUAUCCAUUCCCUAUUCUCAUCAAUUCUGCAUUCCUGAAGUUAGCUGAUGUUUUCAGAGUUGGAAACAAUUUCCUGAGACUGUGUGUUCUUAAAGUUACCCAACAAAGUGAGAAGCAUUUGGAGAAGAUUCUAAAUGUGGAUGAGUUUGUGAAGAGGAUUUUCUCUGUGAUUCAUAGUAAUGACCCUGUGGCAAGAGCCAUCACACUCCGGAUGUUGGGAAGUCUGGCAUCCAUAAUUCCUGAGAGGAAGAAUGCUCACCACAGUAUUCGUCAGAGCUUGGAUUCACACGAUAAUGUAGAAGUCGAAGCUGCUGUUUUUGCUGCUGCAAACUUCUCUGCACAGUCAAAGGAUUUUGCUAUAGGAAUCUGUAACAAAAUCAGUGAAAUGAUUCAAGGACUAGCCACGCCAGUAGACUUGAAGCUGAAGUUGAUUCCCAUUCUGCAGCACAUGCACCAUGACGCGAUCCUGGCGUCCAGUGCCCGUCAGCUGCUACAGCAGCUGGUCACGUCCUAUCCUUCCACCAAAAUGGUGAUUGUGUCUUUGCACACUUUCACUCUGCUUGCAGCUUCAUCUUUGGUUGAUACACCCAAGCAGAUUCAGCUUCUGUUGCAGUAUUUGAAGAAUGACCCCAGGAAAGCAGUAAAGAGACUUGCUAUUCAAGAUCUGAAGUUACUUGCCAGUAAAACACCACAUACUUGGAAUAGGGAGAACAUUCAGGCACUCUGUGAAUGUGCUCUCCAGAUUCCUUAUGACAGCCUGAAACUGGGGAUGUUGUCUGUCCUUUCCACACUGUCCGGGACCAUCGCCAUCAAACAUUACUUCAGCAUGGCUCCAGGAAAUGUGAGUUCUUCCCCCAGAUCCUCUGAUUUAGUCAAAUUAGCCCAAGAAUGCUGUUACCAUAAUAACAGGGGCAUCGCAGCUCAUGGAGUGAGAGUCCUAACCAAUAUAACUGUCUCUUGUCAAGAUAAAGAUCUUUUGGCACUGGAACAAGAUGCUGUCUUUGGCCUGGAAUCCCUUCUGGUCCUUUGUAGUCAAGAUGAUAGUCCAGGUGCUCAAGCUACAUUAAAGAUUGCUCUAAAUUGCAUGGUGAAGUUGGCCAAGGGCAGGCCUCACCUCAGCCAGUCAGUGGUUGAAACCCUGUUGACUCAGUUGCACGGUGCCCAGGAUGCUGCCCGGAUCCUGAUGUGCCACUGCCUGGCUGCCAUUGCCAUGCAGCUGCCAGUGCUGGGCGACGGGAUGCUCGGCGACCUCACGGAGCUCUACAAGGUGAUCGGACGAUCAGCCACAGACAAGCAACAAGAACUGCUGGUGAGUUUGGCUACUGUGAUUUUUGUAGCAAGUCAGAAGGCAUUGUCUGCUGAAAUAAAGGCGGUCAUUAAGCAGCAGCUUGAAAGUGUCUCCAAUGGGUGGACCGUGUACCGCAUUGCCAGACAGGCUUCCAGAAUGGGUAAUCAUGACAUGGCCAGAGAGCUUUAUCAGAGCUUGCUGACUCAGGUUGCCUCAGAACACUUCUACUUCUGGCUGAAUAGUUUGAAGGAGUUCUCACAUGCCGAACAGUGUCUCACCGGGUUGCAAGAGGAGAAUUAUAGUUCAGCACUUUCUUGCAUUGCUGAGUCUUUAAAAUUCUAUCACAAAGGGAUUGCUUCCUUAACAGCUGCUAGUACACCAUUGAAUCCUUUAAGUUUUCAGUGUGAAUUUGUAAAACUCAGGAUUGACCUUCUGCAAGCCUUCUCUCAGCUGAUCUGCACUUGUAAUAGCCUGAAAACAAGCCCCCCACCUGCAAUUGCCACAACAAUUGCUAUGACCUUGGGAAAUGACCUCCAGAGGUGUGGUCGCAUCUCCAAUCAGAUGAAACAUUCCAUGGAAGAAUUUCGAAGCCUUGCUUCCCGAUAUGGGGAUCUUUACCAGGCAUCUUUUGAUGCCGACUCAGCAACUUUGAGGAAUGUAGAACUACAGCAACAGAGCUGUUUACUGAUAUCUCAUGCAAUAGAAGCCCUGAUUUUGGAUCCAGAAUCAGCAAGUUUCCAGGAAUACGGAUCUACGGCAGCAGCCCAUGCUGAUAGUGAAUAUGAGAGGAGAAUGAUGUCUGUAUAUAACCAUGUCUUGGAGGAGGUAGAAUCGCUCAAUCGGAAAUAUACUCCUGUUUCUUAUAUGCAUACAGCAUGCCUCUGCAAUGCCAUCAUCGCUUUGCUGAAAGUUCCCCUUUCAUUUCAGAGAUAUUUUUUCCAGAAACUGCAGUCUACCAGCAUCAAGCUUGCUCUGUCACCCUCGCCCCGGAACCCGGCAGAGCCCAUCGCUGUCCAGAACAACCAGCAGCUGGCGCUGAAAGUAGAGGGCGUGGUUCAGCACGGGUCUAAACCUGGACUCUUCCGCAAAAUUCAGUCUGUCUGUCUGAAUGUUUCUUCCACGCUACAGAGUAAAUCUGGACAAGACUACAAGAUACCCAUUGACAAUAUGACCAAUGAGAUGGAGCAGAGGGUUGAACCUCAUAAUGACUACUUCAGUACUCAGUUUCUGCUGAACUUCGCUAUCCUUGGAACACACAACAUCACAGUGGAAUCUUCAGUGAAAGAUGCCAAUGGCAUUGUGUGGAAGACUGGUCCCAGAACUACCAUAUUUGUCAAAUCCCUGGAAGAUCCCUAUUCCCAGCAAAUUCGCCUGCAACAGCAGCAAGCGCAGCAACCAUUACAGCAGCAGCAGCAACGGAAUGCCUACACACGGUUUUAACAGAUGCACUAUGGACUUCAAAGGGAUGAUCAAACUGGCAGGAAUAGUUUCCCUUUUCAUAGGGAUCAAAUAUAUGAACGUUAUGUAGAGUCCAUUUAUCAUUACAUUGACUUCUGUAAUAUGAUAUUUUGGAAAAUGGGGCUUUUAUUCCUUAAAAUUUUAGUUUGAAACAUAAUUGGGUUCUUAGCCAGCCAGGAGGAUUUUUUUUCAUGUUCCUUCUUAAACCAAAUUCUUUAUCUCUUACUUAACAUUUUCAUUGUUUUGUUGUUGUUGUUGUUUCCUUUGCUGAGCUUUUUCCUUUUCUUUCAAGAUAAGUCAUAUAUUGAGAUCGUUGAAUUAGUAAGUUUGACCACUUCUCUUCCAAAACAUACCAUCUGCUCUCUGACACAGGCCUGGAAUUCUGAGCCAGGCGCUGGGAAGUUCUGAUCAGUAGGUGUGAGGUUUAUCCAUGGUAGCAGAAAAUGAGUCCUUUUAGAGACGGACUUGAAAGUGUCCCUUGCUAUAACCAGUCUCCUGCAUUAUGAGAACCUACAGUCUCGCAGGGUUGAAACAUCCUAUCAUGUUAUAUCAGCCACUUAUCUGUCUCUUCCUGUGCUAAAGCAAUUUUAAUUUAUUGUUUUAGUAUUUAAUUGACCCAAAGAACAACUAGCAAUUACAUAGAAAAAUUGGAGAUUAAUUUGGGUUUUUUAAAUAUGUGCGUGAUUGUGUAUAAUACAUUUUACAUUGUUUCUAAAGGUUAAAAAAAUCACGUUUAAUAUCUUAAUGUUUUAAGUUGGGGAGCAGAUCUUUUCUUUUAAUUGGUUUGGUUUUUACUUGAUGAGUUAUGUAAUGUUAGACUUAAUUGUCUAGAAAGAGCAGUCUCUCUAACACAACCUCAAUUAGUUGGGAUGCUCAGGGAAUAGACUUUUCUGGAAAGCCAGAAAACUCCUUUUUUUCCUAUUUUAAUACUGGUUGAAGACCAUUAUAAAAUAUAAUGUACUUUCUCAUCUUAACACAGUAUACUAGGUACAACUUAACUGUUUCUUGAGUGGGGAUCAUUCAGUGCUUCAAGAUCAUGACUUCUUAACAUUGGGGAUCACAGGGUUGCAGAUAUUGAUGUUAUAGGCAUUUGGGUUGGAUGCAGCUCCUAAGAUGAAGCAGGGUACAUUCCCUGGAAUUUCCUUUUUAAAUAAAUAUCUCAAUUCCUUUG